GUGACAUUAUUCAGGUCAGUUGGGAGGAGGCUUUGUGAGGGAAUGCAAAUUCUCAAGUACUGCAAAGAAAGAAAAGCUGGCCUAAAAGAGGAAGUCUUCCUCCAGUUCUCCUUUCACUCGGCUGGUUAACAAUCUGUUUUUCUCUCUGUUCACGAUGCAGCUUUAUGGAGCUCUCAUCUUGUUUAUGACUCUGUCUGCAGCAUGUGGAUUACGAUGCUACACAUGCACAGCCACCGACCCUAAAUCCUGCACAGACACCAAAUCUUGUUCUGUUCUCUUCAACCGUUGUUUCUCUCUUAGAAUAGACGGUUAUAACAUCGUUACCAAGGGCUGCCAAAACAGCUUAGCAUGUGUAGAUCCCAUUGCUUGUUGUGAAGGGAACCUAUGUAACAGUGCCAUACCAACUGGUCCCAGUGCCAUCCUCCUGCUGGUAUCCUCAGCCAUCUUCACACUCUUCCUCUAAAGCUCUGGAUUUUUGUUAAUUCUACGCUGUACUUUUUCCUGACUUAAUUUGUACAACUGAAGAAGAAUAAACAACUUCAAUAUGACACUGCA